AUGGCCCUAGGCAAGCCUGUAGAUGACUGCACCCCUGGCCGGGAUCUUGACUGUAAUCUCAUGAGAGACCCUGGGCCAGAAUUGCCCAGGUAUUACUACUUAGCAUUCAAAGCCCAUGAAACACCUGUUGCUAGCAAAGAGAGCUGUGUUGCUAUCUUGGAAAAGUCCAGAUUAGAUCACUGGGUGCUGGGAAAAACAAAGGUUUUUCUUAAAUACUACCACGUCGAGCAGUUGAAUUUGCUGCUACGAGAAGUCAUAGGCAGAGUGGUUGUGCUGCAAGCAUAUGCCAAGGGGUGGCUUGGAGCCAGGAGAUACAGACGAGUCAGAGAGAAGAGAGAGAAGGGGGCCAUUGCCAUCCAGUCAGCCUGGAGAGGAUAUGAUGCUCGGAGGAAAUUUAAGAAAAUAAGCAACAGAAGGAGUGAGUCUGCGGUUCCUAUUCAAGCAGUUCUACAGGGCUCUAUAGAUCAUAAAAGCUUUCCACAAACAGAAUUCAACAAUGGCCAUGCAGACACUUCAAGCAACUCUCCUGCUGUCACUGAGAAAAAUUGGCAUCCACAAGCCCAGCGUUCUCCAAAAGGGUGUGACAUCUUCACAGGACAUCCAAAUGAGCACUCCGUUUCUGGGACUGAUUUGCUGUCUUCUCAGACAUGCCAUGCUGCCCUAGGUCGCCCAGGACUGAGUCCCUCCAAGGGAGCCCCUGCAAAACCUGUUUCAGAAAAUGGUCUUGUACAGAAGCAGCGAACACCUCACCGAAGAUGUCAGCAGCCCAAAAUGUUGAGUAGCCCUGAGGACACCAUGUACUAUAACCAGUUAAAUGGAACUCUAGAAUAUCAAGGGAGCAAAAGGAAGCCAAGAAAACUUGGCCAAAUCAAAGUGCUUGAUGGUGAAGACCAGUAUUACAAAUCUCUGUCACCUGUUGACUCCGUUCCUGAGGAAGAGAACCCAUCCUGCCCUUUCUUUAAUUCCUCAUCCUCAAAAGGAGCAUCUUUUGCUCAGCACUGAGCUGUACUUCCUGCCCCCCAAGUCUGCCGAGGAUAGUAUCUCUGCAAGGAUACCUGACAUGAAGAAAACCAACAGGCUGAAGGAUAUUGUCAAGACAAACAAAAUAACUGACCCUGGACAAGAUAGGAAUC